CCGUGGUUCAGUAGCAAGAGGGCUGUCGAUGGCCUUUGGUCUCACAUCAACAGUGUUGUACAAGUGGAUCAAGUUUUCCAGGUGUGUCCUCCUCUAUGUCUUGCAAGACAAUCCAGAUGCAAGGAUCCAGGCUCCUGCCAGAGAGGAUAUAGAUGCUUAUGUUGCUGCAAUUGGGGAGAAAUACCCUCUACUUGGAGAGCAAAGGGUGUGGGGAGCUGCAGAUGGCCUCAAGCUUGGACUGCAGACCUCAGGCAACUGGGCAGUACAGAACAUGUACUACAACGGAUGGACAUCUGAUACGUACGUCAACAGUCUCUUUGUCUUUGCUCCUGAUGGCAAAAUUAGAUCAACAACAUUCAACUGUCCUGGGUCUUGGCAUGACAGCACCAUGUCAGAGUAUGGAGUCUACAGGAAGAUGGAGGACAUGUACAUCUUGUAUGAUGCUAAAGUAGUGGUUGAUUCAGCAUUCCAAAUGGCCGACAGACCAUACCUUGUAAGGAGUUCACAACAGGAUCCCGACCUUCACGCUGUAGGUCNUGUGGUUGUUCUUGUUCGUUGUUCUUGCUAUUCAAGGAAAAGAAGAAGAAGAACAAGGAUGAUGAGAAGAAGACAGCACCUACUACUAGUAGUAACUACGGCAAACUUCAUUUUGACGUUGAAAAGCUUCGCAUUCCAUGGACAAUUGUGCCAUCAAAUAUCAUGGGAGGACUUGCAUAGUACUUCUUUGAAAGAAGCAAAGGCAGCUACAUGGAGAUUAUUGCUGACACUGUCUACUGACUGGUUACUUUUUUCCUUGGGAUGAAAAUAUAUUGUCUCCCAAGCAUUGGGUCUGGUAGAAGGUGUACUUGCUGAAUAUCCCACCAAGCAUCAUGUUCAGAGGGCAUAGGGUUGUUGUGCUUCUGUGUCUAUCAAUCACAAUACCAUCCAUAUAAAAAAUUAUUGGAACUACUAGCAUCUCCUCGUUAUUUGGGACAUACUUUUCCUUCAUGUUUCCAACCACCAUUGGCCAUGAUGUAGUUUGCAAAUGAGUGUGUCCUGAACUGAUUCCACUUCUUGGUGCGGAUCUGGUGUGAUUACUAGUACUACUAGUAGUAGUAGUACUAGUAGCCUAGUACUAGUAGCUACUACUAGUAAUACUACUACCACUAUUGGUUAAGCAAAAUUAUCUACUAACAUCCUCCUUCUUGUCCUUAGUGAGUUUGUAAAGAGAAGAGCUGAAUUCAUCGACACCAUCCCCACAAAGAGAGUAAUAGUCAAAACAUAUAUGGCUCUUGGCAAGGUGUAAUACAGAAUACAGUACAGUACGUGAUAUCGUUAGUAUUACAGUACUAGGUAUGAUAGGUACGUACCAAACAUCGGUAGUACUCGUACAUGCGCCAGAGACAGGAGAGGUCGAAGCAUCAUGAUACUGUACCUACGAAGCAUUAUUUUUACCGCUCGUACGUCGUUCACACGAUGGUUUUGAAUGCCGAGAUUGAAAAUGAUUUUCGGAAACACUGAAAACAUGACAACAACAGAUCACCUCGAGUGGCCCUCUCAGAAGUAAUAAUCUGUAUUCUGUAUUGUUUUCAUCCAGCAAAAGUAGACGAUUAGCCAUAAUAUUCUAACACAAAAUGCAAGCCGAUUGGGAAGAACAGCAGCAAGAAAAUGAGCCAGAGGCACAGCACCAGGGCCUCGAGGAUGAAGAUGAUGACGAGGAGGACAUUCUCGAUAUGGGAGAAGACGAACCUACCAACGAUAAGGAGUCUUUGCUAAUGAGAUUCUGCCCUCAUGAUUCGUCCAUGCUCUACCCACAUGUAAGUAUCAAAAUAUCUCUUUGAUAGCGAGUCCUGCGUGAAGGAUGUCUUUGAUUAGAUUWGGUCGUGGUCAGGUAUAGUUUCAUUCUCAAACAAAUGCAAAUCCAAUGCCUGCUGUUGCGCUUCACCCCAUUCCCACUCUGGAUUGGAAGGAGGACAAACGGAAUCGAAGACUGCUCUACGCUUGCCGACUCUGUCGAUACACGGAGACAGCUGUCGAUCAACCCCUGAUUUAUCGUUACGAUUUGAAAAAGGAAGUCGGAAACAUCCUAAAUACCGUUCCCGGUUCCGUUAGCGACGACCCAACCUUAGCACGGUCGCAAAAUGCCCACUGCGCCAACUGCGGACACAAUGAAGCCGUCUUUUUUAUGAGUGAUUCCACGCAAAGUGAUAGUUUGGCUUUGAUUUUUGUUUGCUGCAAUUGCGAUCACAAGUGGGUCAACUAGAACGUGAAAUGUUGAAUUUCCUCGGCUCAAUCGAAAUGGAUCAAAAAGUGUGAAAUCAUUAGAAAGAUAGACGGGGAGAAAGCAGAAAGGAAUAAGUCAAAAAUGACGAUCGUAUUKGGAACUGAAUAGAAGAAUGGUUACAUUGCGGUUUGAUGGAUUCGAAAAUGGUGGAAUGCAUGCGUGUGGAACUCUCGACGGAAAGUUUUGUCGUAAAACAUUGAUCAAGUUAAGCACCCAUGCGGUCUAAUCCAUUGAUGAUCUCAGCAAAAAACGAAAGAAGCACGCGGGGAUGCUUCGUAUUGCUCCGGAAGGGAGUCUUUAGAGGCAACACGUAUAGUCAAAUAUUCUCGAGGGAAAAUUGUUAUCAGCCUUAUCACAAAUCACGUUACUAUCAAGGAUUGAUUGUACGUCUCACACACAACUUGUGGACUCCGUCUUGUUAAGCUGAAAAAAUUAGUGGAAGUACAAAAGUAAGGCGAUUUAUCUUUCAAACUAUUCAUUACACUUUAUGUCCUAAAAUCACAAGAAGUUUUCGGUUGUAUUGCUCUGUUGCAACGAUAAAAAAAAUGUGCCAGUACCAUGAAUUCAUUGGCAGAUAGAUGGUAUGCACCAUGCAAAUGAUCGCUGAGUACGAUUAGGAUAAUGUCGUCACGGAAGAGCACUCCGAAAUUGUCCUUUUCCCUUCCUGCUCAAUUUACACGUC